UGUCACCUGGAACUAGCAAGUAAUUACAUGACAAUCUUGACAAUCCCUUUCACUUGUAAUUAAACCUCCCUUACUGACUGCCCACUGAGAAUCACCAAGCGAACACAUAACACGACCAGCUCACAACUAACGAGCGGUAUCUAUACUUCCCCCUCACAACAGCAUCGCCUCCAAGCAACACAAACACACCGUCAAAACCACCACCACCAGAGCAUUCAAAGCUACAACCACUUUCCAAUUCAUCUCCUCCUACGAUCCUACAAGAAACAAAGCCGCAAGCAUGUCCCUCCAAACCCCCCUCUGCACCCUCCUCAACAUCCAGCACCCCAUUCUCCUCGCCGGCAUGGCGCGGGCCUCGAGCGCGCCCUUAGCGGCCGCCGUCUCCAACGCCGGCGGAGUCGGCACAGUGGGCGGCCUAGGCUACACACCAGCGCAACUAUCGGAGAUCCUAACAGAACUAAAAUCCCUACUGCGGGACCCGUCGCUUCCGUUUGGCGUGGACCUGGCGCUGCCGCAGGUCGGCGGCGGGGCGCGUGCCACGAACCACGACUACACGCACGGACAGCUAGACGAGCUCAUUGACGUGGUGAUCGCGCACGGGGCGAAGCUCUUUGUGUCGGCGGUGGGGGUGCCGCCGGCGCACGUCAUCACGCGGCUGCACGAGGCAGACAUCCUGGUCAUGAAUAUGGUGGGGGCGCCCAAGCACGCGGAGAAGGCGCUGAAGCUCGGGGUGGAUAUCGUGUGCGCCCAGGGCGGCGAGGGUGGCGGUCAUACGGGCGAUAUCCCGUUUUCGGUGCUUAUCCCGGCCGUUGUGGACGUCGCGAGGCGGUAUCGCAGCAAGCGGACGGGUCAGCCGGCGCUGGUGGUCGCGGCGGGCGGCGUCAGCGAUGGCCGGAGUCUGGCCGCGGCGUUGAUGCUGGGCGCCGCGGGGGUCUGGGUGGGAACGCGCUUCGUGGCGUCGGAGGAGAGCGGGGCGAGCCGGAUGCAUAAGGAGGCGGUCGUCGCGGCCAAGUAUGGGGAGACCAUGCGGACCCUCGUCGUCUCAGGUCGGCCGCUGCGUGUCCUGCCGAAUGAGUAUGUCAAGCAGUGGGAGAAGCGGCCCGAGGAGAUUGCUCGGUUAACGGCCCAGGGCAUUGUUCCCAUGGAGUAUGAUCUCAAGAAUGAUAAGGAGGUCGACUUGCCAUUCUUGAUGGGGGAUGUUUCAGCUAAUGUUGGGAGUAUCAAGCCAGCAGCAGAAAUUGUGAGGGAAAUGGUUCAGCAAGCUGUGGACAGGCUGAAGACAGGAAGCUCUUACAUUCAGGGCCCAGCCAGUAGACUAUGAGGUGCGAACGCAAGGACUCUCUGUGAUAGUAGGCAUGAUGGCAUGAAUUGUGGUAUUUUCUCAUGGUAACGUAA